AUGGCGUCCAGAGAUGAUGAUCGACGUCUUUUCGAGCAUUUCGUGAUUGCCGGGCUCUCACAGGAAGCCCCUGAGCAAACUGCACCACCGACACAAGAAUUUGGCUCUCGGAACAACUCCCCUCUCGCUCCAAUCACAGACAUCUGCGUUAUUUUCCCUAGUCUUGGAGAGACCGCUCCUGAAGGAUACGAGAUUAUUGAGACCACUCAGCUGGGUUAUGCCGCAGAUCUUAAUCAUGGCUCCAUUCGUAUGCCCAGCGUAUUCCUUUGUUAUCGCAGAGGAUACCACAAGCCGCCAUUACUCGAUAUCGGAUUGAUUGAAUAUGGACGAGGGGAAAAGCCAAUGGUGGACACAAACAUUGUUCAGACUACCCCUUUUGGAAGGCCUGCUAAUGUUAAUAAUGCCUCGCAGAACAUUUUCUUGACUUACCGUCGAGCAGUUCCUAGCAGCGCACCAAGUCAGUUCGUCGUAACAGACAUCUGCGUCAUUCUUGCCAACAAAGGAGAAAUUCCGCUGCAUACAUAUUACAAAAUCCCCAAAAAUCUGAAUAAGGGUAUGGUGGGCUCAGAUGUAUAUAUAUGUUAUAAGAAAUCACAGUGCUCUACAAAAAGAUUAGCAUAUAAACCAACUGUACUGGAUUACUUCCCGAAAGCAAAAGGCGAUGAGGAAAACCCCACUGAUUUUAAACUGGCGCAAAAUAUUUCACUCUUUUGUCUCCCAAUGGGAGCUCUUAUCGAGUGUUGGCCUGUUAAGUGCCAACCACCUGACAGAGUAUUCUCCACGUUUGUUCUGACCGAUGAGAAUGGUACGAAGUUCUAUGGUGCGUCCGUUUCAUUUUUUGAGAAAUACUCGGGUAAAUUAUCUGAAGAGCAGUUGGAUCAAUUAGACUUGAUUUCAUCUGAUCGGCUAGACGAAGCUGGUGCUGUUGAAGACAACUCGAGCAACAAUGACCCUGCAGAUGAGAUGGCUUUCUACACCAAUAUUGCAAUAUGCAUCAUUUCUCGAUAUCCAUUCUUUAACUCGUUCAAGCGAUUUCUUUACUACAUCCAUAGGAUGUCCAUCGGAGGAAUACAUGCUGUUCCGAUCGAGCGUUAUAUUUCUCAUUUGAUGUACGAAGUGUCGUUCCCUACUCCUCGUAGACCUCACGUCCUAAUGCAGCUUGGGUCGGAGACUAUUAGUUUUGACUCGUAUGACGAUAGUCAGCUACCAUUAAAUGGUGCUCAACUAUGUGAUACUCUAAAGGCGCUUGGAACUGACAACCUUAUAUAUUUAAUGAUGCUUGCACUACUGGAGCAGAAAAUCCUGGUGCACUCGCUAAGGUCGUGGAUGUUGACUGCCGUUUCUGAGAGUGUGUGUGCUUUAAUGUUUCCCUUCCACUGGCAGUGUCCUUAUGUGCCGCAGUGUCCGCUUGGAUUGGCUGGAGUACUGCAUGCCCCUCUGCCAUUCAUAGCCGGUGUUGACUCCAGGUAUUUCGACCUUUAUGAAGAUCCACCUGCAGAUGUGACGUGUUUUGACUUGGACACUGCCACGAUAAGUCAGUCGAUAAAUCGUCUAAAUCUGAAACUUUCUUUCUUGCCAAGAAAACCCACGAAGCAGCUGAAAGCUACACUAGACGAUUUAUUUAGGAGGCUGAACAAGGAAGCAUUUGAUCUUGGGAGCAAGAAAGCAGAUUACGUCCCUGUCGAUCGCGAAAUGGUCAUCCAGAAAAAGCGAAAGGAGCUUGAAUUGGCAAUUCAUGAUGCUUUUCUGAGGUUUAUGACUAGCUUAAUGCGUGGAUACCAGUCGUUUUUGAAACCCAUUAAAAGCGCACCAUCGAGUAUUAGUGCAACUGAUACUGGUAAUUUAUUCGAUUUGGAUGGUUUUUUGAGGUCAAGAGAUAAGUCUGCAGUCGAUUUUUUUAAGAGGUUUUGUUCAACUCAAUCCUUUAUCCGCUUCAUCGAAGAGCGUAGUUUCAUUUCCGAUAAAAAUACGUAUAAUGCAUUUUUCGACGAUUGUAUUUCGAAAGUUUUCAUAGCUCCACCAGAACCUAUCAUUGAUAUAGCUACAGGAGUUGAACGAGAAUUCAAAUACGAAUGUUUUCCUCGGCGUUUGGAUCCCGCUUUAUUCCAGUUAGAUCAGCUGAAUCUGAACCGUAGUACCGAUCAACAACAAGUGCCGGUUCAGUAUGAGCAUAAUCGAUGUUCUGCUGUGCGUACUAAACCAGAGGUGAAAUCUUCAAUGCUCGCUGCAACAAACUGUGUUCGCACUAAUCCUUUACAUUGGCCGAAAACACUGCUCUUCUAUUCCUAUUCCUUAUGGUUCAUGCAGUUACCUAGUUUAAUUUCAUUAGCACCAAACAAGCGGAAAAUUUUGCUGUUAGCCUUCCACAUCCUAGACCGCAUGGAGCACACCGAAAUCUUUCCACUAGACCAAGUUUGCUAUCGUAUUUUGAUCGAACUAUGUGGCGAAUGUGGAGAGCCUUCCUUAGCAGUGAAAGUACUCCAGGCAAUGCAUCGUGCAGGUGUUGAGCAAAACGCGGUUACUUACGGAAUUUAUCACCGUGCUGUUCUACAUGCUAAAUGGCCUACUCCGACUCGCCAAAGAGCAAUUUAUGCUUGGACACAACUAAGGUACACGGACGAUCCACUGGGUAAAAGUAAUCCUUUGGAUCCCCUUGGAGCUCUUUCUUCUACAGAAGUACCUAAGAGUUCUGCAAAUAACUUGCCCAUGAGUCCUGGCAGAGCAAAAUUCAUGGCUGAUUUUGAGUCCACCCCAUUUGCUAAUGAAUACAGUUCGAAAAUGGAAAAUAAGACACCUAAUAAGUCACUUGGCUGGUUGAAAGGAAUAACGAACAGUCCUUUGCUGAAGAUGAUACGUAGCCAAACGUUUGAUAGUCCUAAACUAGCCGAUAGUGACACCCAUGGUGUGUCUGUAAGUCCCAGUUUUCAUGCAUUAGUCAAUCAGAUGUGGAGAGGUUACGAUGAUGUUCGCAUGGAUGCUGUUUCUUCCAAAUUAAAGCUGGGUGUUUCUUCCUUGGUACGUGAAGUGAAAAGCAUCAAGCGAUCUUAUCGUGAGCGAGGUAGCGGCACUCUCUUCGGCGUUGACGUGGACGAUGAAGCUUUGGAUAUAGAUGAAGGCGAUCAUGCCUACCAACUAGAUUGUGGUGAACCAGAUUCUAUCAUUAGUGAGGAUUGGUGGGUUAAAGAGGUUUUCCUGCAAAUCCGUCGAAACGAGAUGCGUCAAAUGGAAGUAAGUGGAAGAAAGGCUCAGUCACCUGGACAUGGUAUAAUGGAUGUGACAAUUUCAUCAUGCACACCAUGUCCAAGCUGUCGAACGAUGAUAUAUGAUGAGGAAAUAAUGUCCGGAUGGAAGGUUGAUGAUCAAAGCCUAAUUACAAAUUGUCCACAUUGUUACGUGCCUGACGAGGAAGCUAAUCUAGGAGCUGAACGGAAGGGGAUCUCCAGUGACGUUCGAAUUGAAGCUACGCAAGAUCUUUGCCUUUCCUUUGUCAGCCCUUUAGUUCUCCGCCGCGAGGUGGAGACCCUGUUAGCUGCAGAUAUGUACGCUUUGAAGGUGACUAAUUCCCUUUUUCAUUAUAAUGGUUUUAAACAAAUCCUGAGUUUCCAGGAUCCGAAGAUUAUGAGCAGCCACCCAGUCGUCUUUUGGAACAUCGUUUUCUAUCUUCGACGUCUCUCGUUGCCUUCUCAUCUCUACAUGUGGAUAUCACCUCGUGUUCAUAUAAGAUGUGUCUAUGAUCGUCCGUUGGACCAUGUCGGACCCACUCCUGUAUAUUUUGCAAACCCUAAUCAUAAGAUUACUUCAUCCGAAAAAGUAAGCCGUUAUUUGCCUGUGUGGCGGACUGUGACUCAGUCAGUGCAAGAGAACAAGCUUUUCACUGCGAUUCAAGCCCUCAUUAACGAUAGUCGAAGAAUAACUGACAAUGGGCAAAUAACCCUUGGCCAACAUUUUCCCGUGUUUAGAGAUAUACAAUUUGCUAGUUUGGAUGCAUUUGGUCGCAGUUUGUUACGAGACAAUCUUGACAAGCAGUACAUUGAGGAGUAUAGCAAGCUUCCACCUCGAAUUAUGUGCAUCCUACCGUGCCAAGAUAAGCCUCCAAAUGCGGUGCAGCGCGCCUGUCGAAAGGUGUUUCUUCCUCUGGAUUUGUUCUGA